CUUACUUUGGAGAUAACCUUGCAAACCUUCAACAUGGUUGACGCCUUCUGUGCCACCUGGAAGCUGGUUGACAGCGAAAACUUUGAUGAGUACAUGAAAGCGCUGGGCGUGGGCUUUGCCACCAGGCAGGUUGGUAACGUGACCAAGCCGACUGUGACCAUCAGCCAUGAAGGAGAUAAAGUGGUGAUCCGCACCCAGAGCACCUUCAAAAACACGGAGAUCUCCUUUAAACUUGGAGAGGAGUUUGACGAAACCACCGUGGAUGACAGGAACUGCAAAUCCACUGUGACUCUGGACGGAGACAAGUUGGUUCACGUCCAAAAGUGGGACGGGAAGGAGACCAAGCACGUCAGAGAAAUCAAGGACGGCAAACUGAUCAUGAAUUUGACAUUUGGAGACGUCCAUGCGGUGCGUACCUACGAGAAGGCAUGAACUCUCCGGCUC